AUGGCGAGUAUUCUGCUCCUUGGUCAGUUUCUUCUUCAGGUCAGUAUUGCUAUGUUUAGAGAUGUUGAGGAAAACCUCAUUCUUCCUCAUGGUCUUCAGCUUGCCCAUGUCUUUGGGGAGCAGCAAGCCGCGGGAAACAACUAUUUUGGCGUCUCUGUCUCACAGUCUCACGGUAAGCUCUCAGUUUUCUCCCUUCUCUUUGCUUUUUCUCUCCUCUCAUAUUCUCACUGUCUCUCCCCCUCUGGUCUCUCCUCUUUUCAGUUUUCACAGAUCUCUCUCUAUCUGUCUCUCACGGUCAACAACUGUUCCUUGCAGUAUUCCCACGGUAAAUAUUAUCUUGGUGAUGCUGGUUAUGGAGUUCGGAAAGGAAUUAUAUCCCCUUAUCGUGGUGUUCGUUACCAUUUGAAAGAGUUUAGUGAUAACCCACCAAGAAAUGACAAAGAAUUAUUCAAUCUUCGCCAUUCUUCUUUACGCACUAGCAUUGAGCGUUGUUUUGGGGUUUUGAAGAAACGUUUCCGUGUGUUAGAUGCAGAACCUUUUUGGUCAUUCCCAACACAAGUGGAUGUAGUCUUAGCUUGUUGCAUAAUUCACAAUCAUAUCAUAGGAGUUGACCCUUUAGACUCAAUUAUGAACAAUGGGCUUCGUGGUAGUCCACUUGCAAAUGACAGUACAAGUAGAAGAGUCCAACAAUCACAAAGGGAAGUCCAAGAAGAAAAUAGAGAAUGGGUUCAAAUACGAGAUAAUAUCUGUCGUAGUAUGUGGGAGGAUUAUAAUGCUAUGGAGUGA